GCGUUCUGCAUCUUGACAAAUGAGUCGGUCCAUCUUUGUCCGAACACUGAACAUGUGCCAACCUCCCAAAUCACCAAGGAUAUUGACCCGAAGAUACAAUCACAAAGGGCAACAUGGAACGGCCUUCGGUUCUUCAAACCGUGGGCGAAAAGGCUCUCCACCAACCAGCACAUCCUGAUCUUAUCACCUACUGCCCGUCUAUGGACUUGAUUGCUCUCGUUACAACAGACCAACAAGUUUUCAUAUAUCGUCUCAAUGGUCAGCGGGUGUAUGGCGCAACUCAGAAGACGGGAAAGCUGAGAGUUGAAAGCCUUCGAUGGAAACCAAAUGGCCAGCUGCUGGCUAUUGCCUGGAGUGACGGAUCCGUCCGCCUGGUCGGCGCCGAGAGCAGCAAAAUUGUGCACCAAUUUACCGCUGGAGACAUGGUAUCCGGCGUCACGUGCUUAGGAUGGGCCACCAACCUCACCAACAAAAGCUCCAGUUCUGUGAGUGCUGGUAAGGGCUUUGGCUCCUGGGGCAGCUUUCUAACCGCAAAUGGAAUCUUUUCUGAGGAAAAGACGCCUCUGGACUUACCCCGAGACUUGUCUCUUAUCGACAUUGAGACUAGUUUGCCGAAGCUGAGCGUCCUUGCUACAGCAGGAACCUCGGACGAUGCGUUCAGUUCGCGGCAGUCCCUGGAUACCAUUUUCCGCCCAUUUGAUUCGAAAGACAACAAUGCCGUUGAUGUGAUGGUAGUUGGCACAAGAGAAGGAACAAUCCAUCUCAGCAUAUAUGACUCCUUUGUCAUUGGAUCUUUCCCUUCUCCAGUGGUUGUCGACUAUAACCCAGCUCACCUUACUCGUCACGCAUCUCAUGAAAAGUACUCCACGCACUCUUUGUUAAUGAGGUCUGCUUCUUCCGACCAUCUAUUCCUCGUCCCCAUGGAUCUUCGAUUUAUUUCUGCGUCCAGCGAAUAUCUAUCUCUACUCGCAUCCAAGUCGACAGCGUUCCAGAAUCUUCUGAGAUACAUUCAUCAGGUUCAGCUCUUGAUGGUUAGUGAAUGGAAGACUACGCAAGAGCUUCCAAGCAGGUUCCUCCACAAUAUCAACGAAACUCUUGGAGAAAAGGGCAACGGCGAUAUCGUCCAAGCAUUGUAUCAUUCUGUUGCGACAGGUCACACUUACCCUUCUGUGCGGGAAUGGCUUGUGGAUGAGCUAUCCGAGAGAGGUCAUAAACGAUGGGAUAAGGCUGUCACCACCGGGCUUGAAAAUCUAAGACGCCUUGUUCACGAAAAUAUGCUUCCGGCUUUAGACCGAUGCUCCGUAAUUCUGAGCCGGUUCGCUGGUAUUGCGAAAUUUCAAGGUUCAAACGAGACUGUGGGCUUCACGGUUCAGCAGAUUAAUCUUAUUGUGGAUACGGUCGCUUGUCUGCACCUCAUCUCAUCUAAAAUUCUGAUCCAGGUCGUUGAUGAGCUUGAUCUCUUCGCUGCUUUCUCAAGCUGGGUACGUUACGAGAUAGACAGGCUUGCAUCAGACUUUUCGGCUUCGCCAGAAGAUGACAAGGUUGAGAAGGAGGCUUCGAUAGAUCAUAGCAAGGUGUUGCAGUACCUGCAAACUGUACUGACUAACAGUCCCUUGGCGAUUUACUUCAACGCCUCCCUACCCGAAGACCAUGACAAUAGUUGGAAGCAUGCCGAGCAAGGUCUGCCGAUAUACGACCUUCUUGAGAAGCAACUACAGAAGCAAGAGCGAGGGCUCCCAUACAUGAAAACGCUUCCCCGCGUCGAUCUCCUUUGCAAGCUCUUGGCUCGGCAAGCAAGUACCGUUUUCGGCCAAAUUGCUGAGGCAGAAAAACGGAACGUGCUAUUUGGAAAGGUAUAUGAGGUCGGGAUUACCGAGACUGCUGGGCCAAUUGACAUGAGAAUGAGUCCAGUAGAUUUGUCUGCCUGUCGGACCCAUAUUGCGUUUGUGCCAGAAGGCUAUCCAAACAUUGUUCAGGUUAUCCGUCUUGGAUUCUUCAUCGAAAAUGGAAUAAGUCGAGUCCACAACAUCGAUUCGGCAUUGGUCCAGCUUGGGGAUGGGCGGAUCAAAGACGUGAAGUUCAUGGAUGACAAUGUCUUGCUUGUCCUCUGGGAUUCCAACGGGACAAGAAGCCUUCUUGGCCUGUUCUACGACACCAUGCCACCUGGUCUAGGAGCGCCUCAUCUGAAAUACUCAUCUUAUAUGCAGAAUGGCGGCCCCUAUAGUCCAACAGUCUUCAGUAAUGAAGACAUAAAAGCUCGAUUGUCCAAAUACCAAAUCGCCAACCCGGGUUCGUUUACCCCAGAACGAAUGGAGGUUCGAGAGCGAAGUCAACGAAGAGAGAAAGACGACACACGCAGAUUAGUGUUCUUGAGAGACGACAAGAUGUACUACAAGGUGUUCAAGUUCGAAAAUGCCACUGGGGCGGAUGGGGAUAUUCCAAUGUCAUGAGCUGCCUAGCGAUCGUUGAGUUCGGAGCCGUGCACCGAAGGUAUCUCGCCAAUGAAAAAUUUGAGAAGGUGCUGUCAAUGUGAAGCUAAGAUAUGCCAGACUGUUCUACUGCGGCCGGCGCUAUGUUGGCGUGCCUGUGCUUGCCCCGUCGGGGUACAGUGAGCAGUGGAUGCGCUCAAGGGCCAACCACAUUGCGCAGAAGUCCCAGGGUAAGGCAGAUAUUGUAAACGUAGGCCUGCAAAUCAAGUCUCUGAUAGGGAAAUUGGUGAACGCGGACCGAAAAGAGGGCUAUUAAAAUUUGUAUUAGUCCUCCUCACCAGACAUCCAGAGGCCGAAAUCAACGUGAUGCCUUACUCAG